CUAGAAAACACUCAUUUGUCUCUCUUCUUCUUCUUCUUCUUCUUCUUCUUCUUCUAAUUAAUACUUGAGAGGAGAGAGGGACUAGAGUGAGAAGAACACUCGUCUUGUCUUCAGGUUCAUACAUAUCAGUAUAACAAUAUAAAGAGAUAGAGAGAUAGACUGAGAGGACUUGGCAUUGGCAAUGGAGUACGAGAGGAUAGAGAAGGUGCAGAAGAGCAUGAUCUCGCCAACGAAGCUGAGAAUGAAGCUAAUGGGUCCCCACAAUAACAAGAAGAAAGAAGGAUCUAGCAAUAACUCAUCAAGAACAUCUCCUGUUCGUCUUCAAGUUUCAGAUGACACAGAAUUCUCCAAGAACAGCUUGUUAGCUUCCAAUUCCGACUCAGACGAAGAUGAUCAUGAUAUAGAAGUAGCUAAACUGCCAAAUGCGCCAGUUUUGGACCUAACCGAAAGCAGUAAUCAAGGUGGUAUGAGAGAAACCGAUCAACCAAGACCACAGCAACUUAAAAAGGCUGACUUGAGUAUUACUCUGAGACCUCAAGAAGAUGAAAAUCUUGAUUAUGACAGUAAUGCUAGCUCUUCAAGCUUCGAGUUCCACGGUGGUGUUCGUGGAGAGCGUUCCACUCAGAGCCAUGCCUCAAGAGCAUACCCUUCGAGACAAGUGCCGUCCAAAUGGAGUGAUGCUGAGAAGUGGAUUUUGAGCAGACAGAACAUGAUGAUGAGGAAGAACGGUCAAGGGAACCGGAUGCCUGUGAGAGUUGUGCCUGAUAAUACAGGCUACGAGCAUACCAAGUCUAGGAUGGAUCCGUGCCAAUCCUCACAAGCUGAAGGGUUCGAGAAGUUCCCUAACUUGGUUCCCACGGCACCACAUCCAAUUCUAACAAAGGCUUCAUCACAUGAUAACACAACAGCUGGUCCUGCGAUUCGUUCUGUAUGUAUGAGAGAUAUGGGGACUGAAAUGACGCCAAUACCGAGUCAAGAACCAUCAAGAUCCGUCACACCAGUUGAUGCAACAACUCCUCUUCGCAGCCCUACUUCUUCUCUGCCGUCUACUCCUAGAGGAGGCAAACAAGUAGAGUCUUCUGUGUCACAAGACCCGUCUAAGAACACAAGAAGAGACUUAUCUGAGGAGGAAAUGAAAGCGAAGACGAGAAGAGAGAUUGUAGCUCUCGGAGUUCAGCUUGGGAAGACUAACAUCGCAGCUUGGGCAAGUAAAGAGGAAGAGGAGAACAACAAUGUAGAUGCAGAGGAGACUCAGAGGGUUGAGUUUGAUAAGCGAGCGAGUGCAUGGGAAGAAGCAGAGAAAUCAAAACAUAAUGCAAGGUAUAAGCGUGAGGAAAUCAGAAUCCAAGCUUGGGAGAGUCAGGAGAAAGCCAAACUUGAAGCAGAGAUGCGUCGUAUUGAGGCUAAAGUGCAGCAGAUGAAAGCUGAAGCUGAAGCAAAGAUAGUGAAGAAAAUCGCGAUGGCUAAGCAAAGAUCAGAAGAGAAACGGGCUGCUGCGGAAGCUAGAAAGGCCCGUGACGCCGAGAAGGCAGCAGCUGAAGCUGAAUAUAUCCGGGAAACCGGUCAAAUACCGGCUUCAAGUUACAAGAUAUGUUGUGGUUGGCUCUCAUGAUGAGUCAUGCUUUUCUGUCUAUUUGAGUAAACCAGGAUUGGAUUCUCGGAAUCCCUUUGUAUGAUAAUAUAUAAUGAUGUAUUUUGUGUUUCAUAGGUUUCAAAAGAUAAUGGAAAGAUUGUGUCUUACGUUA